UGUUGGGUGCGCUUGCGGUGUGUGUUUGGGUUUCAACUCUAUUUAAAAAAAAAAUCUCUCAGUCGAGCAAAAUCGCGACAGAUUUCCCAACUCGUCAGCUGAGGCUUUGAUUUUUGGUUCCCCUCUUUCUGUGCUGUGGGGACAAGGGGGCCGGCUGGAUAGACCGAGGAAUGAUUAUCCAGUUCAGGAGAAAACAUUAACAAUCUGUCUGAUCAACAGAGCAACAUGGACAGUGGACUGGUGCAGACACACACACAUUCCCCCAAGUCUCAAGAUGUGAAAUCCAGUAUAGCUAAAUGCGAGGAGGCAACGACCACUUCAAAGAAGGAAACCGAACGUCGGACUGUCGCUACAAGACCAGACGUCAUACCAAAGUCACCCGCAACACCCAGUCCCCAAAAUAAAAAAGAUGCAGUGAAGCUAGAGGACAGGCAGAAACUGGCGAAGGAAAGGAGAGAAGAAAAGGCUAAGAAUCUUGAGCAGCUUGGCCAGUUUCAAGCUGCUAAGAAGUCGGAGUGGCUGGAGAAGGAGGAGCGAGCAAGGCAUUUACGGGACCAGCAGUUACAGGAGCGCAGGAGAAAGCUGGAGGAUCAGAGGCUGAAAGCUGAAAAACGCAGAGCUGCUCUGGAGGAGAGACAGAAACAGAAGCUGAAGAAGAACAAGGAGCGCUAUGAAGCUGCCAUCCAGAGGUCUACUAAGAAGACUUGGGCUGAGAUUCGCCAGCAGAGAUGGUCAUGGGCUGGAGGUCUGAGUGCCAGCUCCAGCCAGAGUCAGAGCCGAUGCUCAGUUUCUGCAGUCAACCUUCCCAAACACGUGGACUCUGUUCUAAACAAGCGUCUCUCCAAAUCCUCCGCCACCCUCUGGAACUCUCCCAGUAGAACCCGUAGACUGGAGUUAAGUGCUUGGGAGAGCAGCAUUGUGGACCGGCUCAUGACGCCCACCCUGUCCUUCUUGGCACGAAGUCGUAGUGCUGUCAGCGUGCAUAGCAGUGGCAAAGAUCCUCAGUCCCAUCUGUGCCCUCGGUCUGCCUCGGCGAGUCCACUCGCAUUGUGCGCUCACCGGCCGCAUCGAUGCUCUGAUCGCUGGAGGGUCACCACCAGCACCCCCGACAUCACCCAGCGCUCACGCAGACGCGACUCCACACCUAUUGAUAAGAAUAAGAAAGAGAAGAAGGACAAAGAGCGUGAGAACAAAAAGGAGAAGAGCGCCAUCACUAAAGAGAAGGUGCUGAAGAAGAGACAGUCAUUACCAUCAAUGCCAGCCAGAUGUGAGCCUAGUCCCGGUACACUAAUGAAACAGAGGGCUUCCUCACCCAGACCCCCAUCAGCCCUUGUCAGCUCCAACACCCCAAAAUCUCGACCCAAGAGAGCACAAACACCGGUUCGUGUGGAGCCACACACCAAAACACCCAGUGUUGUAGAACAAGCUCGAAAACACCACACCACGUCUCCCAUCCCUUCAGUUGCUCAGCUGUCUACCCCAAACACACCUCCUCGUACCAGUACACCAACCACACCCAUCUGUCCUGCUUCUGUUCCUGAACAGUCCGUGCCUAGUUCCAGCAUUCCACUAGUUUCUCCAGCUCCCUCCCCUGCCAAACCCAUGGCUGGAACAACUGAUCCAGAGGAAGCCGGCCGCAUCCUGGCUGAGAAGAGACGGCAGGCCCGAGAACAGAGGGAGAGGGAGGAGCAGGAACGGAGGGAGCAGGAGGAGAGAGAGAGGGUGGAGAGGAUGGCGCAGGAGGCAGAGGAGAGGAGGCGCAAGGAGGAGGAGGCACAGCUUAUGGCAGAGCAGCAGAAGCUGAGAGAGGAAGCUGAGCAUCUGCAGCAGGAGAAAGAGGCCCAGGAGAAAGCCAGAGCUGAGCAAGAAGAGAAUGAGCGUCUUCUGAGACAGAAAGAGGAGGCCGAAGCCAAGGCCCGAGAUGAGGCAGAGAGGCAGCGUCUGGAGAGAGAGAAACACUUCCAGAAGGAGGAGCAAGAGAGGCUGCAGAGGAAGAAGCGCCUGGAGGAAAUCAUGAAAAGGACACGCAAAACAGACACCCCCGAAAAGAAGGACAUGAAGUCUUCUCCUCCUCCCCAAGUUAAUGGUGGAAGUUCUAAACCUGAAUCAGAGAGCAAUAAAGCAUCUGAUGACUACCAUCCAAGCACAGAGCUGAAACAAGAUAGCCAGUCCCAAACUGGAAGGAAAGAGAGUUCUUCAGUCCAUGUGAUCAAUGGUAUCCAAACUCCUAAGCAUGAGAAUGGACUAUCAGGUGGUGAAGCAUCCUGUUUUGAAGAGAUCAUUCAGCUGACCAAUCACGGUGGUGCUAACGGAAAUGGGCGGGAGAAAUCAGAGUCUGACAUCCCUAAUGAGCCAAUCCCAGCCUUUGAUGGUGGGAACGCUUUACUGAAAAAAGCAGGCCCCAUGAAGCCUCAGCAUGUUGCAGAGGUGUUGUGAGCAUCAGGGCUUUUAAGCAGAGGUGAUGUCAGACAUCUGCCUGACUCCCAGCUCUCUGCCGGAGGGGUAUUGUGUGAUGAAGCACAGCCUGACCAGACCCGUGCCAACCCAAUAACUGACUGCUGUUUAGACUGUUUAGCUUGUCAAGAGCAUCAUCACGGUUUGAACCUGCCCUGUGCAAAUGGGUGUGAUUACAAAAAGCCACUUUGCUGUCAAGCUUAAUUAAACAAACCCUCACACCCUCCAAGGUGCUUUAUUUCACUAUUUGUCAAAAGCCCACUCCGCAGACUGACCUAAUACCUUAGGGAAGACGGUUCCAUGUGUCUCGGUGAUCACCAGAGCAAGCAUAAACAUAAAAAAAAAACAACAACAUGGUUUAUGGCUGUAUUUCUUAUCAUGAGUUCUAAAGAAAAGUGCUUCAGCUAGUUUGUUUUUAAUGUUUAGUUAUUUAAUGUGAUGAGAAUUGUAACUACUGGGUACAGCUACAUGUGAAUAGUGUAAAUUGGAAAACAGGUGAGAAAGCUUUGUGAAAUUAAACUGAAUGAAAAGGA